UAGGCCGUGACGCAUGAAUGUUGUGUCUGCGAGGAUGAUGGCGGACUCAGUAGCGACUGGCCUUGCGGACGAAAAUGAGACCGAAAAUGAGGAUAAAGAGAGGGAGAAACGACUCUUCAGAAAGACGAAGGAACAAGCCGCAUCAGACCUCACAGAAACUCUGGGAUUUUACGAGAGGAAGGCGAAAUACAAAGAGAGAAAGAGCAAUGUGUCAGAUCUCUCUCUGGUGAGGUUUAUCAGUGCUGAGUUGACUAGAGGAUAUUUUCUGGAACACAAUGAGGCCAAAUACACAGAGCGGAGAGAGAAGGUCUACACCUGCCUGCGUAUCCCGAAAGAACUGGAGAAGCUGAUGAUGUUUGGGUUUUUCCUGUGUCUGGAUGUGUUUCUGUACGUGUUCACCCUGCUGCCUCUCAGAGUGUUGCUAGCCUUGGUCCGACUGUUGACACUGCCCUGCUGUGGCCUCAGUGGAUCUCGUAUCUUGCAGCCCGCUCAGGUGUGUGAUGUUCUGAAGGGUGUCAUUAUGAUCCUGUGUUAUUUCAUGAUGCAUUAUGUGGAUUAUUCCAUGAUGUACCACAUGAUCCGGGGUCAGUCUGUCAUAAAACUCUACAUCAUCUACAACAUGCUGGAGGUGGCAGAUCGCUUGUUUUCAUCUUUCGGUCAGGAUAUUCUGGAUGCUUUGUACUGGACUGCCACUGAACCGAAAGAGAGGAAGAGAGCUCAUAUAGGAGUCAUCCCACAUUUCUUCAUGGCUGUUCUCUACGUCUUUAUGCAUGCCAUUCUGAUUAUGGUUCAGGCCACCACACUGAACGUGGCUUUCAAUUCACAUAACAAGUCGCUGCUUACCAUCAUGAUGUCUAAUAAUUUUGUUGAGAUCAAAGGAAGCGUAUUCAAGAAAUUUGAGAAAAACAACCUCUUCCAGAUGUCCAAUAGCGACAUUAAAGAAAGAUUUACAAACUACAUACUCUUACUAAUCGUCUGUCUCAGAAACAUGGAGCAGUUCUCCUGGAACCCAGAUCAUCUAUGGGUGUUGUUUCCUGAUGUUUGUAUGGUGAUCGCUUCAGAAAUUGCAGUGGACGUUGUCAAACAUGCCUUCAUCACCAAGUUUAACGACAUCACGGCAGAUGUCUACAGUGAAUACAGAGCAAGCUUGGCAUUUGAUCUGGUCAGCAGCAGACAGAAGAAUGCAUACACAGACUACAGUGACAGUGUGUCUAGGAGGAUGGGCUUCAUUCCUCUUCCUCUUGCACUAGUGUUGAUCCGAGUGGUGACCAGCUCUGUGAAGAUCCAGGGAUCUCUGUCCAUUGUGUGUGUUGUGCUCUUCUACCUGGGUAUGAUCACCCUGAAGGUGCUGAACAGUAUUGUGUUGUUGGGGAAAUCCUGUAAGUAUGUGAAAGAGGCCAAUAUGGAGGAGAAGUUGUUCCAGAAUCCUCCCUCUGCAGCUCCCAGCAGAGCGUCAAGCAGAGCCCAUAGAACCAAACACACACGAGAACCAGCAGGUGAGCCAGAGGAGGAGGGCUUGUCUGCAUCAGUCACCACUCAGCCCAGCCGAAGUGACGAAUGCCCCGCCCCUCAGCUCCCCACCAGCCAAUCAGAUCAGUUCCUCACUACACCAGAUGAAUCAGAAGAGAAAAGCCUUAUUCAGGACGAUACCGAACUUAAACACAGGGCGCCUAAUAAAGACUUACUUGAGAUUGACCGCUUUACUAUCUGCGGGAACCGUAUCGACUGACAUUGAUGUGUGUAAGAGUGACGCCAGGUUUGCACUGAAUGCCCGCCCUCUCUGCUAGCUGGAUUUGUUUGACAUUUGAGCUCGUUGGAUUGGGACAGCGAGAAACUGCAGGAUAUUUAUUAAUAAGUGAUGCAGCUAAUUUAUUUAAGACUUAAACACAGACGGUCACACACAGUUUUACCCAUCUGGAAUCCACCGGGUGAUGUUUUCAAGAGGUUGGAGAUCAGUGGGGGACGGCUGAUAUCGCGGUAUAUCUUGGUCUGAUGGUCGCUGUGCUUACCUUAGGAAGCAUCGAAUGAGAAAAGGGAUGGAUUACAUUCCCAA